CCGAGUUUUACAUAUUUUUGCUUAGUAAAUAGAGAGCUCUGCACAUGUAGCCACCAGUACAGGCUGCAGGACGUUCACGGGACCCGAUGAGCUGAAGUGUUGGGAAUUUCUAGAAACAACUGUCUUGCGCUGACGUCACCGCGACGGCUACCAUCGCGCUGGAGAUGUUGAGCAGACUCGGGAUCAGCAAGGUUACUGGGAGAGACACAAUGAGGAUCCUCUGGGCUCUGCUCUGCUGCUGCUGCUGCUGCUGCUGCUGGACAACGCAGGCAGAGAUCUUCACUUCCAUUGCCCAAAUGACAGACCUGAUCUUCACAGAGAAAGAGUUGGUCCAGUCUCUGAGGGAAUACAUAAAAGCAGAGGAGGUUAAGCUUGCUGCUGUAAAAAGCUGGGCCAACAAACUUGAUGAUCUGACCAGAGUGUCCACCUCUGACCCAGAGGGCUACCUGGCCCACCCGGUAAACGCCUACAAACUGAUGAAGAGACUCAACACAGAGUGGUCUGACCUGGAGAGCCUGGUGCUUCAGAACCCCUCUGAAGGGUUCAUUUCCAACAUGUCCGUACACAGACAGUACUUCCCAGAUGAAGAGGACGAGACGGGUGCAGCAAAGGCGUUGAUGCGUCUUCAGGACACGUACCAACUGGAUUCUGAGGCCUUCUCCAGAGGUAUGCACUCUAAUGCCCUACUGACAGUGGAUGACUGCUUCGACAUGGGGAAGACGGCUUAUAAUGAUGCAGACUAUUACCAUGCUGUGCUGUGGAUGCAGCAGGCCUUGAAGCAGCUGGAUGCUGGGGAGGAAGCUGUAGUUUCCAAGGUGGACAUUUUGGACUAUCUCAGCUACUCUGUCUACCAAAUGGGAGACCUACCUCGAGCCAUUGAGCUGACACGCCGGCUGGUGGCUAUUGACUCCAGCCACCAGAGGGCAGGAGGAAACCUCCGUUAUUUUGAGCGGUUACUGUUCAAGCAGCUUAAUGAGCUCAAUCAGGCCUACCAGCCGGCUUCUGAGGAGCCCAUCCAGCUGGGAACGUACAGCAGGCCUAAAGACCAUCUCCCAGAGAGAGAGGCCUAUGAGGCCCUCUGCAGAGGAGAGGGGCUCCAAAUGAACGAGGUGAGGCGCAGCCGUUUGUUCUGUCGCUACCAGGAUGGUAAUAGGAACCCCCGUCUCCUGCUGAAGCCCAUCAAAGAGGAAGAUGAGUGGGACAGCCCUCACAUCGUACGCUACCUGAACAUGCUGUCAGAUGAGGAGAUUGAGAAGAUUAAGGAGCUGGCUAAACCCAGGCUUGCCAGAGCUACUGUUCGUGACCCCAAAACAGGCGUUCUGACCACUGCCAACUACAGAGUAUCAAAAAGUGCAUGGUUGGAAGGAGAUGAUGACCCCGUCAUUGACAGAGUCAAUCGGAGAAUACAAGACAUCACAGGCCUCGCAGUAGACACUGCAGAGUUACUACAGGUUGCUAACUAUGGAGUUGGAGGACAGUACGAGCCACAUUAUGACUUCUCAAGGCGCCCUUUUGACAGCAGCCUCAAGGUCGAUGGAAAUAGACUUGCUACUUUCCUAAACUACAAAGAUGAGCCUGAUGCUUUCAAAAGAUUAGGCACUGGAAAUCGUGUGGCAACUUUUUUGAACUACAUGAGUGAUGUCGAGGCAGGAGGUGCCACAGUCUUCCCUGACUUUGGAGCAGCAAUCUGGCCAAGAAAGGGGACGGCAGUGUUCUGGUAUAAUCUGUUCAAGAGCGGGGAGGGAGACUAUAGGACCAGACAUGCAGCCUGUCCUGUCUUAGUAGGAAGUAAAUGGGUGUCAAACAAGUGGAUUCACGAGCGAGGACAAGAGUUCAGGAGACCCUGUGGCCUGACAGAAGUGGACUAAAGUGUGACUCACACCUAAGGAACAUGCAAACACACAAACAUACACCCUCAGUAGUGCCUUAAUUUUGGCAAUGAUGUAACUCACGUUCUACAACACUUAAGUGUUCUGUCCCCCAACUUGUCUACAGAGCUAAGAAAUGUUUUAUGAGGAAAAUUAUUGCACUGGUGUGCAGGAUCUGGUUGGCAAAUUUCUUUUCUUUUUUUUACCAGAAGAUACAGAACUCACGUCUCUGUCAUUCCCACACCAAGCCAACUUAAUUCAAUAUGUGACUGUAACAGUGCAAUCUUGGUUACAGAUGUACACCCCAUUGUAUACUCAUUAAAAUCGAAUUUAAAAUUCAAUUACUGGUAGAUCCAAACGUGUGAGCCCUCUGCCAAAUCUUUUUUCCACUGAUACCAAAAACUUGUGUGUUUUUGCUCUCAGGUGAACAGUUUGUCCUCCAAACUGCUCCUUUAAUGUAAAAACACCAAAACAUACAGGAGGUGUGACAAAACCUUAAGUGGUGCCUCAGCAGGUUAUUCAGAUUUAUUUGAAUUUAAUAUACACAAUUAUUAAAGGUUUGAUUUUUUUGGUUUUUGAUUAUUUCUGAAUAAGAAGCAGAAACUAAGUGAAGUUAACAAGCUGUGUUUUGAAAAUUGACUGCUUUCUCAGACUUUAGCCCAGCAGUAGACUUUGUUCCACAUUCAGAUAUUACAAAUUACAGAAGAGUUGACUAUUAAAUCUGCUAUGAAAUGCUACAACGCAAGUUGUUAAGCAAGGUUUUGGGAAGGACUGCCAACAUGUUCAUACAUAUUUUGCUGCAACUAUCAGCAAUGUUUGUUUACAAAAACACAUCGGAUGGACAGUGAAGCUAUGGGCUAGUAUUUGCUCUAUUUAGAGGUUAAUCUGGGAACCAGUCUAAGAUAAACAACAUCUCUGUGUUGAUUGUAACAGCAUUAUCUUUUGAUUAAAAUGCCACUACUCCUGUCACCAUUCUUUGUCAUUUGCACCCAAAGUGUUAAAUUCUCCUUCAAUCAGAGAGAGAAAUACAUUUCCUCCAAAUCAUGUCCAUGAUAUUUUUAUUUAUAUAGUGCUUAAAUUAUUACAACAUGACAAACAAGUCAAGUCAAUAAACAGUGUCUUUUAUUGAAA